AUGGUGGCUGCCAAUACGUCCAAUUACGUUUACAUUCGAUCCGAGGAGUACGCGUGGGUCCCGGGUCGGUUGCUGGAACGCGACGGCACCCAAGCCAUUGUUUCGGUACCCGUGUUUAAAAAUGAAGAGGAGGUACAGUCUGACGGGGGCCGAAUUAAACGACACGAAAAGGUGACUGUCGAUCUAGCGACCUAUCCGAAUGCGGCCUUGCUUCUACAGAAUGUGGACGAGCAUGGCAAUCUCAAUGAAGUGGAGGAUAUGGUGGAUCUGCCGUUUCUACACGAGGCUGCCAUCCUCUACAACUUGAAAACUCGGCAUCAGCAACAAAAGCCUUAUACUCGCACCGGCGAUAUCGUCAUCGCGUGUAACCCGUACCAAUGGUUCGAACGAUUGUACAAUGAAGAAACACGGGUUCACUACUCACGAUCCCUCGUCUGGGAUCCUCCGGACGGAGAUCCGCGUCAGGGUCUGGAACCGCACAUUUACGAAGCCAGUGCGCUGGCGUACCGCGGGCUGGCGGUGGACGGGGAGGACCAGUCCAUAUUGGUGUCGGGAGAAUCCGGCGCGGGAAAAACCGAGUCGGUCAAAAUUUGUCUCAAUCACAUUGCGAGCGUUCAGCAAGGGCACGCCCAUGGCUCGGAUGAUGUUGAUUUUGAAUCGCCCAUUGUGCAACGAGUCUUGGACAGCAAUCCGCUUCUGGAGGCGUUUGGGAACGCCAAGACGGUCCGCAACGACAACUCCUCGCGGUUCGGAAAGUAUAUUCGUUUGCAGUUCGACGCGGAGGAUCCGGUAGAUGCAGCGUACGCGGGUAGAUCUGUUCCAAGCUGCAGACUAGCCGGAAGCAAGUGCGAAGUCUACCUCCUCGAAAAAUCCCGUGUCGUGACGCACGAGGAGGAAGAACGAACCUAUCAUAUAUUUUACCAGCUACUGGCUGCGGAUGAGGACGUGAAAACAAAAAUUUGGGGAGGACUCGCUGAUACCGACAACGAGUCCUUUUCGUACGUUGGAUUCACUGAUACGGAUACGAUUGAAGGAAAUAGCGACGCCGAAAGGUUUCAACACACAAUUGAUUCUCUGGCUUUGAUCGGUAUCAAGGACGAAAAAUUGAUGAACCUCAUGAGAGCUAUAUGUAUUGUCCUUCAACUGGGUAACCUGAUCUUUGAAAAAGACGAAAAAGAUGACACCCAUACCGCCAUUACGUCCGAAGAUGAAUUUACAGCAUUGGCAGAACUUAUGGACAUUCCGAAAGACGAACUCCUUCCAGCUCUUACGAUUCGCACGAUGCGAGCGCGAAAUGAAGAAUUCAAAGUUCCACUCAACGAAGUCCAAUCCAAAGACUCAUGCGAUGCCUUUGCAAAGGAAAUUUAUGCCAAAACCUUUUUGUGGCUGGUGCGCGCCAUCAAUGAUGCUACAUGUGCCGAGCUGAAUUAUGACGGGAAGAAAAAGGCAAAUUUUGCAGUAAUCGGACUGUUGGAUAUUUUUGGUUUCGAAUCUUUUACAACCAACCGUUUUGAGCAGCUUUGCAUCAAUUAUGCCAAUGAAAAGCUUCAACAGAAAUUUACACAAGACAUAUUCCGUUCGGUUCAAGCAGAGUAUGAGACAGAAGGAAUCGAAUUGGAAGAGAUCACAUACGAUGACAACACAGAUGUUUUGGAUCUCGUGGAAGGGCGCAUGGGACUUUUAGCCGUCUUGAAUGAGGAAUGCGUGCGACCAGGUGGCUCGGAUAGAGGAUUUGUAUCAAAGGUGCAAGCAAUGAACAAAGAAAGUCCAUGCUUUCUGCGAGAAAAGCAGUUUGAAGAGUGCGUGUUUGGAGUACGACACUUCGCUGGAAGAGUAAUCUAUGAUGCGAAUGGCUUCGUAACGAAAAACAUGGACACGCUACCCUCAGACCUACAGGAUUGCGCGAAAAAAAGCUCGAACAUGAUUUUGGUGCAUGAGCUGAGCAACGAGGCGAUGAUGAAUUCAUUGGAGGUAAAAACGAAGAAACCCCGUAAAUCGUCACCAAAAGUAAAGAAAGCCCCACCUGCAAAACGCGGAAGCAACCUUGUCGGAGAUACUGUUUGGACCAAAUUCAAGAGCCAACUUACUUCGCUGAUGACGAACUUGACCAAGACAAGGACGCGAUACAUCCGCUGUAUCAAACCCAAUCCCUUAAAGGCACCUCUUGUAAUGCAGCAUGUCUCUACAAUUGAACAGCUCAGGUGCGCAGGUGUCGUUGCCGCAGUCACCAUCUCGCGUUCUGCCUUCCCCAAUAGAUUAGAGCACGAAGCUGUGUUGUACCGAUUUAAAUCUCUUUGGGGUAAGGGUGAGCAGCACUUAGCGGAUCUUAAAGUAUUGGAUAUCGAUGAUCCCGACCUAAAGUCAAGAACUCUCGUCGAUCGACUUCUGGGUUCUGCACUCAAAGAUCUUCAGAACCAAAUAAACGACGAAACUUUAGUGAAGGCGUUUGUCAUUGGGAACACAAGGGCUUACUUCCGGGCUGGUGCUCUUGAACAUCUUGAGGCUGAGCGAGUGAAAAAGUUGGGUGUUUGGGUUGUAGAGAUUCAAAAGAUUGCUCGAAAGUACAUGGUUCGAGCUCGAUACGGAAAAAUGCGUUUUUGUACGAUUGCGCUUCAAUCUUUUGCCCGGAAGCGUCACGCGAGAAGAACAUUUACUAUAUUGCGAAACGCUUCCAUUCUUCUUACAUGCUGCAUGAUUCAAACACACUGGAGAAUGGCUAUCGCUAUAACGGAACUAAAGCGCUGUCGUAAGGCCGCCGCCGUUAUACAGAGUAUAGCCAGAGGAGCCUUGCAGCGC